CUCCCAUUCUCUCUACUGGGACUAGCUUAAGCUUACAACAACUACUGUAAGCUGCGUUGACUGUUUUUUCUCCACGACACUGCUCUCUUUUCCUUCAUGUAUAUUUGGUAAGUGACCGCGUGUAGUUGAGUUUUAUUUUUACGCACUGGACAUCUAGAUUACGUGCGUACCAACACCACACCGUCUUGGGAGAACUUUUAGCCAAACAAACGAGAAACGCAGUUGAUGGUAAGAUCGCCUCCACAUACAAGACAUUGGCAACAUUUGUAACGUAAUUCGUACAGUUUGGGGUGUCCAGAAAGCGUGUAGUUUGUUUGGCUAAACUUAAACCAGCGUGUUAGCAUCAUUAGAGAAAGUUUAAACGGCUAGUGUCUGGAAAAUGGACUGGUCCGUAUGAGUCAUGCUUUCCAGUUCUCAUCAGAUUUCAACUGUGACCACUUUAAUCUUUUGUGCCUUUUCAGAUGUUCACCAUGAACUGGCUGUAUUCAAUAUGUAAAAGGGCCAAAUUCAGCCACAAGAAGUGUUUGUGUUUCUUACCUUUCUUGGUCUGCGUCCUCUACUUCACUGUGUCGUCAUUAAGGGUAGUGAUUGGAAUUAUUCCGAUGGAGAAAAUGUACCUUGAGGAGUGCAAAGAUGCUCUCUAUGGACAACCUCGUAGAUGCUACCCUGAGUUUGCAAUCCAGAGGUGACGUCCAAACCUGCACUACGUGGAAAGCUCCAAUCAUUUGGGAAGGCAUGUUUGAAGCAUACCUUUACGACAAGGCUCAUAAAAGGAAGAAGUCAUCUGUGGCUGUCACUGUGUUCGCUGUUGGAAAGUACCUUGAAGCCUACCUGGAGACCUUCCUGUACUCCUCAGAACAGCACUUCAUGUUGGGGCUCCCUGUCACCUACUAUGUCUUCACGGACAUGCCUGAAAAGGUCCCACACAUUGUACUCGGCCCCAAACGGCAUUUAAAAAUCCUCAGUGUUCACCGUCAUUCCCGCUGGCAGGAUAUUUCCAUGAUGAGAAUGAAAACAAUAUCUGACAUCAUCCAGACAGAAAUCCGCUACAAUUUUACCCAUGUUUUUUGCUUUGAUGUUGAUCAAAAGUUCACUGGGAGAUUCGGUUCGGAGGCGCUGGGCGAUUCUGUGGCUCUCAUCCACGCGUACUACUACCGAUUGCCCAAAUCCAUGUAUACCUAUGACCGCAAUCCCAACUCAAAAGCUUACAUGGAGACUGGAGAUUUCUACUAUCAUGCUGCUGUCUUUGGAGGUACAUGGAAAAACGUUAAAGCUGUUACUGAUGCGUGUUACAAGGGCAUCAUGGAGGACAAAGAGAACAAUGUAGAGGCACUAUGGCAUGAUGAAAGCCAUCUUAAUAAGUAUUUUUGGCUGAAUAAACCAAGUAGACUGCUCUCCCCUGAAUACUGCUGGGAUGACAGUAUUGGAUACAGGACUGACAUACGAGUGAAGAGGCUACUAUGGGCACCUAAAGACUACGAAAACCUCAGGACAAAUAAUUAAAUGUAAGAAUGAGAAAAGUAUUUUGCACUUUAUGGACACUCACUGCUACUUAUCAGGGGCAUUGCUACUGUUUACUAUUGUGUAGCUGGAAACUAUCUAUUAAGGGACACGAAGUGCGUAAUAAUGGGACAUUAAUGGGACAGUAUAUAACUUUUCCAUCUGAGGGCCAGCCAACUGCUCAUCACCAUGGAAAUGUUAGAGAAUGUUCCACAACAUGACAUCUUCAUGGGUACAAGCAGGUGAAGUAACGGGUAGGAUCUGUGGUGAGGUGAGCCCGGUGACAGAUGACGUAAAACUGACUUGCAAGGUCAGUAGGUGUACUGCUAUACUGUGCAAGAUUCCAGAGAACAAUAUGUUAUCUUUGUGGAGACAAGCAACUGGCAGUUACGCCAGACCAGAAAAGCUACCUUUACAGGAAGUUGUGUAUUUCUUCACUGUGCACUUCAAAAAUAUUUCACAAAAACAAAAAAUGAAGAAGUAAGGUGACAAAAACAUUGGUGUCUUGUCUGACAGAAUACUGAAUGUGCAAAUUUCUGUAUUUUCUGUUAAAAUACAAUCCAAAUUAUGUAACUGCUCAGUGAAGAAGUAACAUUAUGAUAAAAAACAUAUUGUGCAAGUAAAACUGUCUUACUGCUCGUCUUUGGUACUGGUAAGUAACAAAGAACUGGAUUAUAGUAAAGCACACAUUUUGGAACAGAACAAUGCCUCAAAAAUCUGUUACUAGUUCAGAUUUUUUUAGGGGCAGGCCAAAUAUUUAUGUUUUUUAACAGAGAUUAUAUUUCUAAUUUCUUCUUUUAAAAUCAAGAAUCAGUUCAAAAUAAAAAUGUAAGAAUUUUUACUUCACUUGAAAGAAGACUGGAAUUACUAAACUACAAGGUUAGCAAGUUUUGUAGAAUAGACAGCAGCAUCUGUCAGUGGCUAAUGGUUAAAUAUGUUGCAAAAUUCUUACAAAUUCUUUAUAGUUAUCUCAUAUCGCUACAUAAACAUAGUCAAUCUUUAGUCGAGACACUUGGCAGAAGAAUAAAAAGACAAAAAAGUAAAACAAAUCUAAAAUGCACAGGUGCACAUUGUAGCUUUUUUGGUGGAGGCUUUGUCACCCACUUGUCUCAUUAAAACAUUAUUGCUUAACCUGGAAUGUUCCACAGUAUCGUACAACUGUAUCUAUCUUUCAUGUAUUCAUAUUACUGGUAUUAUUACUGCCAACACUUGGUUUGGUGGAGUCUUCAUGGUAGUUUUAUUCAAUUUUAUAAAAUAUCCCAGGAAAAGGAAGACUUGCUUAGUGAAUCAUGUGUUGCCAAUUGAUAUUUUGCAGUGACGUCAGGCAGACGGUGUUCUACAUGUAUUGUAUAUCUCUGGUGAAAUGUUCAGCAAUAACCAUGGUGACACAAUGUAACAAUAGCAAACACAGACAAAAAAGUGUUACAAUUGUCAAAAAAAACAAAAA